AACUGUAGAUGUACUGUACCUAGCCUGAAUACACUGACUGAUUCGGCCUUGAAACCUAGAACUUGAAGUUGUCACAUAUGCUCAGCGCACAACAAGCACGCGCACGAGGCCCUCACAGCUGUGACCUGACCUGAGAAAGGAAAAAUGGCUUCAGUUGACGAAAAAGUAGGAUGGAUGUCUUUGCCCAAGAAAGACCAACUGGCCAUCCUGUUCCUGCUUCGCUUCGCUGAGCCCGCUGUCAGAUAUUCCAGUUCUACUUACUUGUACUACCAACUCGAGUCUUUGGACCCAACAUUAUCAUCCGGACAGAUCGUGAGGCAGUCGGCAGCGAUCCAAGCUGCUUACAUCAUAGGCCAAUGCCUGUCAUCCCUCCUUCUCAGCAAACUCGCCGACUCCCCGAGGGGGGGUCGCAAGCUGGUUCUCCUGCUCGGUACGGGGGCUUCACUCCUCAGCUGCGGCUCCUUUGGCUUCAUUCGGCAUUUCUACCAAGGCGUCCUCCUAUGGGGUCUUGAAGGCGUCUUCAACGGCAACGUCGCAACGUGUCGAACGGUCGUCACCGAGGUGGUUCAGGAGAAAAAGUAUUUGUCGAGAGCUUUUGUAGGCUUCGCAAUGGCGACCAAUCUGGCCAUUCUCCUGAGCCCAAUGAUGGGAGGCCAGUUGGCCAAUCUCGCCGGUAGGUAUCCAGCGAGGUUCGGCAACAGUGCGUUCCUGAAGACCUAUCCGUAUGCUCCCCCGGCACUCGCCAAUACCGUCAUCCUCCUCGUCGCAUUCCUGGUCAUGUUCUUUUUUCUAGAAGAGACGUCUCCGCAUGUACGGAACCAUCACGACCCCACCGCGGCCAUCGCAAAGAGAAUCAAGUCUUGGUUUUCGCCCAGACGACAGACCACUUCAUACACACGCUUGGAUGUCGACGAGCUCUCAACGGGCGUGGAAGACGUGCCUCUCAUGGAGACCGACAGCGACGACUCGAAUACCUUGCGGUCGCCAAGCAGCAGCGCAGGCGACGACGAUACAGGUAGCCGGGAGACUCUAUCCACAGAGCCGAAGCGCAAGAUGCCCCCGGUACUCCCUCUCCGACGCAUGUGGACCAGAAACCUGGUUCUGAUGCUCAUCGUCUCAUCGAUCCACGACAGUCACCUGGCUGCGUACACAUCCCUCUGGGUCAACUUCCUGAGCGACCCCGUGGUCCGGCAUGCCAAGGGCGACGCCCUGCCCUUUCGGUUCUCGGGCGGAGUGGGCAUGGCCCCGUCCGAUAUUGGCUGGACUCUCUCCGUCAUUGGCGUGUUGGGUUUGCCCUUGCAGUUCUGGGUAUACCCGCGAGUAAGCCAGAAGCUGGGCGCCUUGGGUACAUGGCGAAUCUUCAUGCGAGGCUUCCCCGUCAUCUACACCAUCGCGCCGUACAUUGCCGUCGUCGGCAGGCUGACGCCAUCGGUAUCGGAAGGCCAAGGCACUCACAGCAUUGCUGUUUGGGGGCUGGCAAUCUGCGUGCAGCUGGCCAUGAUCGGUUGCGCCGUCUUCGUCACGCCAUCGCAGCUGAUGCUCAUCAGACUUGCAUCGCCUCAUCCGUCCGCCCUUGCGCGCACGCACAGCAUUGCUUUUGUCUCGAGCGGCGCAGCUCGCGCUUUCGGUUCGGCCGUCUCGGGCGUGAUCUAUAGCUAUGGAACAUCACACGCAUUCACGGGCUUGGCGUUUUGGAUUCUGGCCGCCGUUUCGGUAUCUGUUUGUUGCCUGACCCUGGCCUGUAGAGAGGGCAACGGGCACGAGAUCUGGCUGCCUGGGGAUGAGGAAUAACGAGAGGCCGUGGCC